AUGUCGACGCCUGGGCAUGCAAGCUUGAUCGACACCUUGAUCGAGCUGAUUGCCUACGAUGACCGGCCGACAUUGCUUCUCGAUACCAACACCCGUCGCAUCCGCUUCUGUAAUAUCGCCUUCGAUUCGCUACUUCGAGGGACUGGCGCCUCUGCCGACUUGCAGUCAUGGGCCGACAACCUGUGCGCCGUCGCAGCUCAUGCUACCCAUGAACCUGUUGAUCUUGGUACCUUUGCGCAUCAGAAAUGGCUAGGAAAGAGCUUGGGAAACUCGGUCAUGACCGUCUUCUGCCGCUGGACAUCUACUGCUGCUGCGUCUGGCGCCGAUGCCGUCAUGCUAGACCACAAUCAACAAAACGACAGAAACAAAAGCCCGUCAGAACUACAGAAGCUCACCGACAUGUAUAUGGGCUGGUUGGAACCAAGAGACGACCCAUGGAUGUCCUAUACCCCUCUAGGUCCUAUAUCUUCAUGGCACCCACAAUUGCGCCGAGCCGUCCAGAGGAUGAUGGUCUGUCCCGAAACUCGUGUUCUAUACUGGGGCGAUGAACACGCAAUGAUAUACAAUGAAGCCGCUGUGCCCAUCUUGGGCAAAAAACACCCUUGUUUAGGCAUGCCAUUGCAAGUUGUUUGGGGCCAAAUUAUGUUCGAUCGGAUUGAAGCUACUAUUAGAGCUGUGGUUGUGUCUGGAAAGGCACAGCAGAUGAAGAAUGUCAUGUUCGAGAUGCACAGGGACGAUUUUUCAGAGCAAACAUGGCACCACUUCUACCAAUUGCCCAUCACUGGUCCAGAUGGACGCUAUCUCGGAUGUGUCUGCGAGUUUGCCGAAAACACGACUGCUGUUGUACAAGAGAAUCGAGCUGCCAUUCUCGAUGCAUCCAUCAAAACUGCCGCAAAUUCAACUAGCCUGAAGCAGUUUUGGCCCGUCUCUUUGGAUCCGCUCAACAAGACCUCAAUCGAUAUUGUUGCUGGCUGUGUCUUCUCUGUUACGAGCGCUGGGGACCUGCAAACGCAUCAAUCGUCAUUAACCUCGCAAGACUAUCUUCUCGAGGCUUCAUUCGGUGUCGCAGAUACACAAUUGAAGCUACCCCUGUCCAUGGUCAAAUCUCUUAAUAGAGCGUCUGACUAUGAAAAGCUUCUGGUUUAUAGGCAAGAUGAUGGUUCUCUUCCCACUGAUCUUCAAUGGAGCACUUCCGACCAGGUCGCCAUCAGGGUAAUUUGCGUCUUGCCCAUCACAGAUCUAAAUAAUCGCAGACUUGCUGUCGCCAUCUUUGGCAUGAAUCCUGGCAGACCUUUUGACGAAGGAAGCCAAUCUUUCGUGUCAAGAAUAGAGGCUGAAAUGCAGGAGGAUUCUUAUGCCAGGAUGGCAAGACAAGCUCCGAUUGGCAUGUACAUGCUCAGGCCGGAUGGAUAUCCCGUUUUUGUCAACGACGCAUAUCUGGAGUUACAUGGUGUAACACGAACACAAUUCUACAAGGCUGCAGAUGACGAUCUCGGCUGGAAUCCAACAGUUCACGAAGACGAUCUCAAACUUGUUGAGAGCAUGUGGCUCUCGACAAUUGAAGGAAGAGCUCCGGUUCAGGCCCAGGUCAGAUUGAAAGCACCUGGAAGCGGCUUGCCUGGUGAUGUCAGAUGGGUCGAGUCAAUGAGUUUCGCGGAACGUGAUGAGAAUAACGCUAUAACCUCAAUACAGGGAUGGUUACUCGAUGUCAGUCCGAGAAAGAUGAACGAACGCCUCAUUGGCGAGAAACUCCAGGAUGCACUUGAGAACAAGCGUGCGACGGAAACAUUCUUAGAUAUGUUAUCACACGAGAUGCGAAAUCCUCUGUCGUCAAUUCUCCAGUUGGCAGAUGGCAUCAUGUCGUUGUUGGAGACUCCGCCUGCGCCUGAUACCAUUGAGUCCCUGAGAGACUCUGCUCAAACUAUCACUCUUUGUGCUAGACACAUGAAAACCAUUAUAGAUGAAGUUCUUACCUUCUCAAAGCUGGACUCUAACCUUCUUGUUCUCAGUUUGGAAAGAUCUCAGGUGCCUACGAUCAUCGAGACAGCGCUUAAAAUGUUCGAGAAAGAGAUUGAGCACGCCAACAUUGUGGCGAACAUGGAGAUUGAUCAAAGCUAUAUGAAGCUCGCUGUGGAUUAUGUUUUGGUCGAUCCUAGUCGUUUGCUUCAAGUGAUCAUCAACUUUCUUUCCAACUCGAUCAAAUUUACGAAGUUUGAGAGAGAGCGAAGAAUUACCGUCAAACUUGCUGCCUCUGUCACGAAGCCUACGGAGGAGGACUUUGGCAUUGCUUUCCUGAGCCCACGCAAGGAUAUUACUAAGGAUUCUUCUAUGCCCACUACACCCGCAACGCCUGUACCAGAGAUCAAUCUUGGAGAGGAAGUAUAUAUCUACAUCGGUGUUGAGGAUACCGGACGAGGCCUUACAGAGGACGAAUGUAAAGUCUUGUUCCAGCGCUUCGCCCAAGCAUCACCAAAAACCUACAAAACAUAUGGUGGGAGCGGGCUGGGUCUGUUUAUCAGCCGAGGUCUCUCUGAACUUCAAGGAGGACAGAUUGGCGUCAAGAGUACAGCAGGAGUCGGUUCGACGUUUGCCUUCUUCAUCAAGACAAGGCGAGCUGAGCCACCUACACCCACAUCUCACACUGAAUCGAUAGCUUCCACCGAAGCAUUGACUGAUGUCCUCAAACUACCUCACGCAGUAGGCAAGCAAGAUGUCAAACUCCUGACAAUGUCACACGUAGCGGAAGAAACCAAAUUGUCAGUCAAGGACUUACAUGUGUUGGUUUGCGAAGACAACAAGAUCAAUCAAAAGGUGAUCGCCCAACAACUCCGCCGCUUGAACGUUGCUACCGUCCAUGUAGCAGACGAUGGUCUCGCCGCCUUGAAUUUCCUUGCCACCACCACUUUCUCGUCUUCCUCAUCCUCUUCCCCUUCCGCCGUUCCGCUUUCUAUAAUUCUCAUGGACGUCGAGAUGCCAGUCAUGGAUGGUCUAGGCGCCGUUCGUCGGAUUCGUCAAUCGGAAUCUAAAGGCGACAUUAUAGCCCAUGUUCCUAUUAUUGCGAUUACUGCCAAUGCCAGACCAGAGCAGGUUGCCGUCGCGCUAGAGGCUGGCAUGGACGAAGUGGUCACUAAGCCUUUCCUGGUCCGAGAGCUGAGAUGA